GUGGGGUCCCACGGUCGCACCGUCCAGCUCCAGAGCUUUUGCCGCCCGCCAGUUGGACGUCUGCGCGUCUCACGGGAGCAGAACUCAGAAGGCAAAAAAGUCCGCAAACAAUCCCCACCUGGUAUCCGAUGCGCAGCUGUUUGGAGGGCGGGCGCCUGCAAUGAGCCCGAGGCGCACUGGAGACCCCGGUGCGCUCUCGGAAUCCUUGGGACACCGGGAUCGCAGGAGUGCGCGCGCCACCUAGCGGCUACGAUGCCAGUAGCUGCUCCGCACCGGAACCCCAGGAGACCCCAGGCCGGCCAAGGGGUACAGCGGGCUGGCCACGUCGAAGAGGGUUGGAGGAGACUGUCAGAGGAAGGUCUUCAGCCCUAGACCCAGGAGAAAUUCUUGGAGACAAGAUCAAACCACAUUGUUGCCUAUAAGACACCCCCUCUUCUGUGGGAAGAAAGUGAUUUUUUUAUCUCAACCCUCUGAAGUCAUCCAUCUUCAAUCUUUGUUUUCUCAAUUUCUUGGGCUCACUUUGGUCACACCCACACUGAGUACUUUGGCAAGUUUUUGGUGUCUGGAAGCCACUGUUUAGAGCGAGAGUUUCUGGUUGAAGGUUUUGAGAGAAGGCUGUAGUCUCAGCAGGUGACCUGUCUCUGCCCUCUCAGCCAGGUCUGGGUAGCGAGGUCACCAUGUCCACCAAGGUGCCCAUCUAUCUGAAGCGUGGCAGCCGCAAGGGCAAGAAGGAGAAGCUUCGGGACCUGCUGUCCUCAGAUAUGAUCAGCCCACCGCUGGGGGAUUUCCGCCACACCAUUCACAUCGGCAGUGGUGGUGGCAGCGACAUGUUCGGUGACAUCUCCUUCCUGCAGGGCAAGUUCCACCUCCUGCCUGGGACAGUAGUUGAGGGGCCUGAGGAGGAUGGCACCUUGGACCUGCCCUUCCAGUUCACACGCACUGCUACCAUGUGUGGGCGGGAGCUCCCCAGUGGCCCGUCCCCUCUACUUAAGAAUGCCAUCUCGCUGCCAGUCAUUGGGGGGCCCCAGGCCCUCACCCUACCCACAGCCCAGGCUCCCCCCAAACCUCCCCGCCUGCACCUGGAGACCCCUCAGGCCUCCCCACAUCCUUCCCCACAAGAGGCUGGGAGCAUGGACAUCUGGAGGAUUCCAGAGAUUGGCUCACACCACAAUGGGCUGACCCCAGAGACAGAUGCCAAGGAUCCCUUCUUGUCUCAUGCCAGCUCCCUACUGUCCCUGCAUGUGGACCUGGGGCCUUCCAUCCUGGAUGACGUCCUCCAGAUCAUGGAUCAGGACUUGGACCGCGUGCAGAUCCCCACAUAAGGCUUGCCCUGACUGGCCGGGAGCCCAAGCUGGGUUGAUGUUAGGGAGGCAGGUUAUAGACAUGGCCCUGGCUUAGGAGUCAGGAUCCCAAGGUUCCACCUGUGUGGUCACUGGCCAGUUAUUCUCGUUUUGAGCCUUUGUUUUCCUCCCUCCCAUCUUCUCCCCAAUGGGCAGAAUGUGCCUCAUUGCUUUCUCCUAACAACUCCCAAGGGUACAUGUGGAAGUCAGCCCAGAGUGCCCUGGGCAUCUUGGGCCACCUGAAACCCCCCCACUGACUGCUUCCCUCAGGUCCCUCAGACGAAGGCUCUGCUGAGAUGGACUUCCCUUUUCCCUCCCUUCUUCCUCAGCCCCAUUCAGUGCCCUGAUUGGGGGCCAGGGAAGAAGCAGGGCACAGCCAGCAGAGGCCUGGGCAGUGGGUAGGCUGUUUCAGACCUCUGGCUUUGUCCUGGACAGGGAGUAUGGCUUCAGUGACCAGAUGUGUCCCACCUUGUCCACUGAUCCAUCCCUUCCCUACAUGGCCAGGGAUUCUGGUUGCAAUAAAACAUGCUGCUGCUGGUGGCCAAUCUCCCUGUACCCUGUGCCAGGUUUCCUCCCAAAGGCAGUCCAGUCUCUGUGAGCUAUGGGCUCACUGAGGGGAGACCCAGCCCCAGAAGACUUUGCAGAGGGCAGGCCCUCCCCUCGGGAAGGUUGUGCCUGAUCCAGGUGUCAAUGUGGAUGUUCCAACAUUGGUUUAGCUGUUUGGCAAGAGCUGGCUGGGCACUGUGCCAGGCCUGGGGCUGAGCCCUGCCCAGGCAUCUGGGGUCUGUCAGGGGAGACUCAAGAGUAAGAGAAUAACCACAAGGACAGGUGCAAGAGACCAACAGCUUCACGGCAUUUCUCCAGCUUCAGAGCACUGAGGGAGUACAUGGGACAGAGUGCUGGCCCGGGGCUGGGCGGGAUCAACAAUGCUUAUCAGAGCAUUCAGCCCAUUGGUGCUGUUUAUCGAGCAAUUACAGUGUACUUGGCAUGGCUCUAGGUGCUGGGAUAGAGGCAAGUAUCAUCUCUGCUCUUUAGCGGGAAGGAUAUUAAACUUAUAAAUGAGGCCAGGCGCAGUGGCUCACGCCUAUAAUCCUAGCAGUUGGGAGGGCAAGGUGGGUGGAUUACCUGAGCUCAUGGGUUCAAGACCAAUCUGAGCCAGAGUGAGACCUUGUCUCGAAAAAAUAGUCAGGACUGGAGCGGCACAUGUGGCUCAGGGGUAGGGCGCCAGCCCCAUAUACCGAGAGUGGCAGGUUCAAACCUACCCACAGCCAAACUGCAACAAAAAAAUAGCCGGGCAUUGUGGCAGGCACCUGUAGUCCCAGCUAUUCGGGAGGCUGAGGUAAGAGAAUCGCCUAAGCCCAGGAGUUGGAGGUUGCUGUGAGCUGUGUGAUGCCUUGGCACUCUACCGAGGGCGAUAAAGUGAGACUGUCUCUACAAAAAAAAAUAAUAAUAAAGAAAAAGAAAAAAUAGUCCAGCCUGUAGUCCCAGUUACUUGGGAGGCUGAGGCAAGAGAAUUGCUUGAACCCAAGAGUUUGAGGUUGCUGUGAGCUAUGACACUACGGCACUCUACCGAGGGCAACAAAGUGAGAUUCUGUUUAAAAAAAAAAAACUUGUAAAUGAGAUAAAGAAAACUGUGUUAAAAAAAAACAAAGAAAACUGUGUUGAGGCAGCACCUGUGACACAGUGGGUAGGGUGCCAGCCCCAUAUACCGAGGGUGGUGGGUUCGAACCCAACCCCGGCCAAACUGCAACAAAAAAUAACCAGGCAUUGUGGCGGGCACCUGUGGUCCCAGCUACACGGGAGGCUGAGGCAACAGAAUUGCCUGAGCCCAGGAGCUGGAGGUUGCUAUGAGCUGUGUGACGCCAUGGCACUCUACCAAGGGUGAUAAAAUGAGACUCUGUCUCUAUAAAAAAGAAAAGAAAACUUUGUUAUGAGGAAAGUCUGGGAACAAGGGGCAGGUGGUGUCAGGGUACAUUAGCAUGAUCACAUGGGAUUUUGAGCCAAAUAUGAGCUAACAGCCUAACAGCUAACAGCCUCGUACCAGAGUGAAUGACAGAGGAGCCACACAUGGCAGAAGAUCAUGAACCUCUGAGGACUGAUGCUGUUUGAGACUCAGUGUUUCCCCAUCUCUAAAAUGGAGUCAAUGGAGGGUUGUUGGGAAAUUUAGGGAUAAUAUUUAUGAAUUGUUAUGUGGAAGAUAUUAAAAACUGGUUACAAUGUGUAAUAAAGGAACUUGGGGCACAAGGACAGGACUGUAAAGCUGGAAGGCAGCUUGGCAUCAGCUGAGAACACUUGCUGGCCAGGCUGGUGCUGAGGUGAUGGGGAGCUGCUGCUUCAGCUUCCUGAGUAGCUGGGGUGAUAGGUGUGCACCACCACACCCAGCUAAAUUUUAUAUUUUAGAAAAUUUGUAUUUUGUAUUGUAGAAACGGGAUCUCACUAUUUUCCCAAGCCUGGUCUCAAACUCCUCUCCUAAAGCAAUCCUUCCACCUCAACCUCCCAAAGUGCUGGGAUUACAGGUGUGAGCCACCACAUGUGGCCUUUCCUUUUUAAGACUGAGUAAUACUCCAUUGCAUGUACUCCAUUUUGUUUAUUCAUUCCUCUGUCAAAGGAGCCUUGGGUUGCUUCCACCUUUGGGCUAAUGUGAAUAAUACUGCUAUAAAUAUGGGUUGGACAGGGUGGCGCCUGUGGCUCAGUGAGUAGGGUACCAGCCCCAUAUACCGAGGGUGGCAGGUUCGCAUCCGGCCCUGGCCAAACUGCAACAAAAAAUAGCUGGGCAUUGUGGCAGACACCUAUGGUCCCAGCUACUUGGGAGGCUGAGGCAAGAGAAUCGCCUAAGCCCAAGAGCUGGAGGUUGCCGUGAGCUGUGAUGGCACAGCACUCUA